AUGCAAUUUAGAGGACACUUGCUGAUCCUGAUCAGUACGAUCUUCUUGCAAAUUGUUGCUUGUGUUUCAAACUCAACGACUUCACCUACCAGCUCAAAUCGAGUGAAUGGAGCUUCGAGCUCGCUACCUUCAGUAAAGAGUUCAGCGUCGAGUUCAGCUUUUCAACCUUUGAGUUCAUCGAAUUCGACAACAAACUCCGCUGUUCCAAUAACGAGCUCGGCAGAAAACUCGUCUGAUUCGAAGUCAUCUGCUUACAAUGUAUCCGCCCUUCGCGAGUUACUAGGUUCAAACGAAACUGAGGAGUUCGAAAUCCCUACUCGCCUCCCGAAUAUCUCUGUUGAGAUUCCACCUUCUUGGGGAGGAUACCAACCCGUGAGUCAAAGGCCGAAUGAAACGCGUCAAAUCUACUUCUGGAUGUUCCCUGCUACCGAAAAGGUUGGCCAUGAUGAUCUCAUUAUUUUCUUCAAUGGUGGUCCAGGAUGUUCCUCUUUAAGCGGUGUGUUAGGUGAACAGGGUCCUGUCAAACUUAACAAUGUUACAGGCAAGGCUGAGCUUAACAAAUACUCUUGGACCAACUUGACCAACAUGUUGUGGGUUGACCAGCCAGUUGGAACAGGGUUUUCUCAUGGUGAGGCCAAAAACCAAUCCAUGAUCGAAAUUGCGAAGGAAUUCAACGGAUUCCUCAUUUCUCUGUAUCGCACGUUCCCCAAGCUACAUGGCAAAAGGCUCUGGCUCGCAGGUGAAAGCUAUGCUGGUAAAUUCAUUCCUUUCAUUGCCGAUCAAAUUUAUAAGGAAUCCGAUCAAAACAAAAAGGCUGGUAUCAACUUGCAAGGUAUUAAUUUGUCUGAUGCUUUCUUCAUGAACGACUUGGUUGGCAAAGAGUUGCCUGCCAUGCAAUUUGCUAGACAACAUUAUAAAGAGAUGAACAUUACAGAGAAGGACAUGAAAACUCUUGAAAAGAAGGCCAAGAAAAUAGGCAUCAACAAGUACAUUGAUACACACCUCAACUACCCACCAAAGGGUCCGCUUCCUAUUCCAAAAAGGUUCAAUAAAUCAGACUCGGUCUAUUCAGCAUUCAAGCAAAUGGCUAAGAAAGCAAACCCGUGUUUCUCACCCUUCUAUGUGAUUUCAUCAGCGCCAUGCCCCCUGAAUCCGAUGGGGCAAAACAUUACGACUGAAAAGACAUACAAGAACAACUAUUUCAAUUUGAACCCUUCCGUGAAGCCGUUGAUCCACGCUGACAAUGUGACCUACGUGCAAUGCUCCCAAGCAAAAGGGUUCAAAACCAUGCAAAAGUCAAAGACAGAGUUCCCAUUGCACACGGUCUUGCCAAGCGUUAUUGAAAAGAGUAACCGCACCAUAAUUUUGCACGGUAUGCUAGACUACAUCAUGCUUCCGAACGGAAGUGCGCUUGCCAUCCAAAACAUGACAUGGGGCGGCAAGCAGGGUUUCCAAAGGCCACCGACCCAGAAGGUUAUGGUGGAUAACGAAGAAACUGGCACUUAUCAAAGCGAGCGUAAGCUCACAUUCAUUACGGUCGAUGGCGCCAGCCACAUGGUCGCUGCAUACAAACCAAAACCAUCCUACAAAAUCAUUCAAUACAUGCUCGGUCAAAUUUCCGAAGACCAGCUGCUUAAAUCGUAA